AUUAGCUGGUAGCAGGUUGUAUAAAUGUAUAUGUAAUUUUGAUUCAUAAAACAGUUCAUUCUCUGUCUACUUAGGAGAGUUUCCGCUCUCGUCGUGAUGAGUUUUUAUGCUAGCUUUAUUCCGCAAGUGAACGCAGAAAGAAAGACGUGAAAAGAGUGUUAAAGUGCCUUGCCCAACUCGAGAUUACGUGGAUUUAAAUGUAGAAUCAUUAACGCGAUAGCUCGAUAAGUUUGAAUAAGUGCGUUGUAAGGUUGGAAGUGAUGGAUUCGAAUAGGAGUACAGAUAAAACUGACCGCAGUGCGAUGACUAAUGGUGACCACCAGCAAAACAAUGCCGCAGCAAUACCCACAGCGAUGGAGUCCGAAAACAAGGCCGCUACCACCAUUCAAGAGACCUCGCUUUCAGUGACGAAUAACUUGAGCGGGACAGCAGAUAAGGAAACACCCAAGACUACCAAUUGGGUCAAGUUUGAUGAUGAAGAUAAUGGCGGUAAAAAGGAAUCUUCCGAUCCCUUGGCACCACCUUCUACUUAUAAGGCCACUGCAGCAACAUCACCUGCCAAGGACGAUAUAACACCAGCAGUUCUGCCCACGGAAUCCGUUCAUGUCAAUUUAGAUGCCAGGAUACCAAGCACACCGAAACAAGGCAGCCAAAGGAGUAGUGCUGCUCCACCAUCAGCUCCGGCAAGCCUAGCACCAACGGCCAGCAUCAACAAGACAUCACAACCAGCAGUGAUCGACAUUCCGAAACAGUCCGUCAAUGUUGUUCAACCGAUCCAGUCAAUGCGCACAAUUGAACUCUCAACCGGUCGCGUUCGGGAAGGUUUCGCAAACGGCGAUGUCAUCGUUACAUUGUUACCAACCAAUACUCGCUGGCCUUGGAUAACACCGGCUGUAUUCCGCCCAGAGCUCGUACCAGAGGAACUAAUGGCCCAAGGGUUAACGCUCACCGUCGAGGAAUACGUGCACGCCAUGGAAACUCUUGUGAAUGACUAUCGGUUCACUAUGUACAACAUAUGUUACAAACGAGUCUUGGUUGUGUGGAUCCUGUUUGCCUUCGUUGUUUUGUUGGGACUGCUAUUCUCUGGCCUAUAUGGAAUUACACUGUUCUCGCUGGGAGUUGGUUGGCUUUUCCUUAACGCUGCCGCUAUUUUCUUGUGUAUGUGGGUGAAGUUACGCCUUGCCCGUGGACUCGAACGAUGCAUGGCUCGAGUGAACAAACAAUUGAUACGACAUAAAAUCCUGCUGGCAUUGGAUGACCGAGGACACAUUUCUUGUCACAAGGUUAACCUUUGCUUCAUGUACUUUGAACCAUCGCAGUGCAUCAGCUAUCUGAACGAGUUUAUCGAAAGGAGCGAACAGAACGGAAACACCAUCGAGCCUGGAUGGGAGAGUCGAUUGGAUGUGGCUACAAAUGAUAUCGUGAUUCAAGGAGCCAACACUACUCGCCUGUCGAGAAAGCAGGGCAGAGCAGAAGAAAUUUUCCUACGUUAUCUGCAGCGUUGGGGUAAGGAUUACCUUCGGAGGCGCCUGGACUGGACCAUUGAAGAAAACGGCAUCGUGUCCUCACCUAGACACAUUCCAACUGCUUACUGCCCUUGUCAAUAUGCGGAAGAAAUUCUUUUACAUAAAAAACCAAAAGACGACCCUCGAGUUUGUUGUGCAUCACUUCGUCAGCGAGUACAAAGACUAGGAUUUCAAUUUUGAAACCUCGGACAGAAAAAGAAUGAAAGUCAUCAAGCGCCAAACAGAACAAUUUUCGAAGUAAAUUGAACUAAAGUGAAGCAUACUGUACAAUUUAAGAAAAACUUACUAACAUUUAGUACAAACGUGUUAACAUACAGUGCCUCAAAAUGAUAAUUUAUAAAUCUAACAAAUAUCGAAUAUCGGUGGAGGGUGAUACACAUUCUGUAGAUAACUUACCAAAAUCUACUUAUAAAGUAGAAUAUGAAUAAGCCAAUAAUUAGGAAAUUUACAUAUACAAACUUAAAUCAUUGCCAUCAAGCCCAAAAUAUACCAACAAAAAGAAAUUAACAUGCUUUGUUACAGGAACGAGGACUGCUGCUGUUGCUGCGUUACGCCUCUAGGUGGGGUAACGAGACGAUGCGUGGAUUGCUUGAUGUAACGUCCGUCGAACCUGCUCGUCACUGUCGUCAGUUUCAGUGUCCUUGUCAGUAUAUUGAAUUCCACCUCAAGUGCAAACCUCAAGGCAAGUCGUUAUUCUGUGCUAGUGUUUUCUCUCGGUGAUGGAUGCACAAAACGGACAUAACACUAUUUGAAUUUUACCGCAAAAAACUAUCUCUGAUCUUUUUUUCUUUUACUCUCCCUUCUGAGGAAUGAUUUUCUUUAUUUCCACCCCAUAUUUAUGUACUUAAUUUUUUGUGUUUAAAAAUACACUUUUUUUUAUUGAUACUGAACAAUGAUAAUAUUGAAUUAAAACCUACAGAGUGAAUAAUAAUUUUAAUCAGUAUUUGAUCAUAAUAGAUGCCAUUCUAUAUGAUUUUUUCUUUCCAGUGUACAUAUUUCCUGAGGUAGGGAGAGUGUAACAAUUAUGACCACAGUGGUUCCCUAUUUGAAAAAUGUGUUAGUUCAAUAACUUUCACAUUUUAAAUUUCUUUUAUGAAAUAGGCAACCCCUAUGGCUAUAACUGGUACAUCUACCCUAAAAGAAGAAACAUUAAUCUUUAUUUGGUCAAUACUACACUUGAAAUUCAUUGAACAUAAAAAUACAAAAUAGCAUCCCUUUUAUAUAACCAUAAUGUUAAUGAUAGACAUUAUUACUCAUCCAUAAGAAAAUUAAGAAAAAGACGAUUGCUAUCCAGAGCAUAUAUGCAAAGUAAAAUAUCAAAGUGUUAUGUCCGUUUAUAUCUGGUUAUGUAGUUAGUUUGGCUUGGUGGUAGAAGGUUUGCCAUGGUUUUGUAACGUGAUUUUGCACAUUGGAUACACUGCGUAAGGUGCCUUGGUGUUUCACUAAAAACAUAUUAACUAAUUUUAUAAUACAUAACAAAGUGUUUUAGUGAGCUGAACUGAAGCACAUUUGGACCAACAGAGGAUUCAAUAAAUCUUAGUAUCUAGAAUAAAAGAUAGAAAAGUUAUUUUAUCUAAUGUAUUUAAAACAAAAUCGAAAAAUCAGCUUCACUAUAGCAUAAACGUACUUCAAACAUCACGGUUUAAAACUAUUUAACGUACUUAAAGAAACCAUUCGUGUCUUAACUACAAACUAUAUGAACACAGUACGCUUCACUAUAAAAUUACAAUUGUUUGUGGAUAACUUGUAUCCAAAAACGCCCAUGGUAGUUCAAUGUUAGUCGAUCUACGUAUAAUAUGCAGUGGAGAAAAUUAGUAACAUGAAUUUUAAGAUUUGUAGAAGUGAGCUCAUAUAAAUACAUAAUGUAAUAUAAUUGGUACCCAUGAAUAUAUAAAAUAAAAAACGAUAAUAAAAUACAAUCGGAACAAUAGAAUUGAAUUUUAAUCCUCCAUUUAGCUUUUCAAAAAAAAAAAAAAGAAGAUACUAAUAGAAUACUCUCAUACUUUUGAAUUUUAGACUUAUGAGGAGAAUCUCAUUAACUCUUAAAAUUUUCCAAAUCCACUGUGUCUUAUACAAGCAGUAGAAUGAAUCAACCGAAAUGUUUUGUGAACUGUAGACUUUUAGCAUUAUAUGCUCGACUAUUUCCAGAGUACUUAAUGGAAACAAGAUUCCGUCCAAAAAUAUUAUGACUGUAUCAUCAGUACACAGCUGCUCAUUAAUGAAAUAUGUUAAUUUGUUGAAUAUGUUCGAAUUUAAAAAAAAUAUAUGUAUGUUUCAUAGUUAAUAGUUAGUAUCAAUUGAACUGUAGUAUAUAUCCAGUUAUAACGUUAUAGUUCUUGAUAAGUCCAUUUAA